UGACAAGAAGCAAUUUUUUUUCUUUACACCAUAUUAGUCCUUCGGUGACGUCACUAAGUGGGCGUAUGUGUUAGCAACAUCAACAAAAGAGCAAAAGGAGAAAGGAGAGUAGAACCUCAGAAGGAAUACCAAGACAGAUAUGUGGAUCUAAUUUGCCCUAACAGUAAAAAGACGUGAGUGGCAGCGGAGACAUGGAUGCCUUCAAACUGAUGAAGGAGCUGAGGGUGAAUUAUGACCAGGAGGUGGACUACCUCCCUAAGGAGACUGGCCUGAGUCUUAUCGAGUCUACGAACCAGAACGAUGGGCGAAUCUCAGCCAAGUGCAGAGAUGCCAAAGUGGAAGACCUGUGGAGCCUGACCAGCUUCUUUGGCUACACCACACAGACCUUCGUCUUGGCUGUAAACCUGCUGGACAGAUUCCUAGCCAUGAUGAGGAUCCAACCAAAACACUUGUCCUGCGUCAGCCUCAGCUGCCUCCACAUGGCGGCAAAAGUAACGGAGGAGGAGCGCAACCUCGCGCCCACGGACGAGCUCAUCCGCAUCGGACAGUGCCGGUUCACCGUGUCCGAUCUCGGCCGCAUGGAGAAGAUCAUAGCCGAGAAGCUGGACUUCAAGUCCAAAUCCGUUACUGCCUUAACCUUCCUGCAGUUGUACCAUCAGAUCACCUUGUCCCACUCCACCCACCGGAAGGAGACUCUGAGCUUGGAGAAGCUGGAGGCUCAGCUUAAAGCCUGUCUGUGUCGCAUAUCCUUCUCCAAAGCCAAGCCCUCCGUUCUAGCAUUCGCUCUCUUGAGACUGGAGAUCGAGGCCUUUCACUCGGAGGACAUGCUGGAAAUAGCUCACCAUAUCCAGAGACACCUGAAGAUUGCAGAUGCUGAACUCCUGCUGUGGCGCACUCAAGUCGCUCAGUGUUUGUCAGCCUACGCUUCGCCAGAGUGCAGCAAACCCAAUCACAGGAAGCUGCAGUGGGUGGUGUCUCGCCGUACCGCCCAGAACCUCCAGAGCAGCUACCGCAGCGUACCCGAACUGCCUACCAUCCCCGAGGGCUGCUGGGACGAGAGCGAGAGUGAGGACUCCUGUGAGGACACAAUGAGUUCAGGGGAGGAGUCCCUCAGCAGCUCCCUGGGCAGCGACGCAGAGGGACCCUUCUUCCCGAAACACCUCCUACGCCACCACAAACGCCGCCAAUACCUCGACGCCUAGAUGCCUCCGCCUGCAGCAGCUUUUUUUGUUAUUUAUUAUCCACUAAGUGAACUGCACAACAACUUGUUUUGUUGAAUAGUUUAGUUUGUAGAUGUGCCGUCGCUGCAUGGUGGGAUGUCACAUUCCAAGACAAAGAACGUGCAAACAGACCAGAGCAAAAAAAAAAAAAAAGUUACAGUUGAGUUUGCCAAAAAGUGGCAUUUAUUGAAAGUUGUGUUGACUGUUAUUAAUCAAAUAUGAAAUUAGUUUACUAAUCCACAGAAGUUGAAGGCAGCUACAGACGCCGUGAUCUGGAUCGAGUCUACUUUUAUGUUGUCGUGGUAACCGCUAUGAUUGUUAACCGCAGUGAAACCAAAAUUAAAAAAAAACCCAGAGACGUUUGAAACCGCAAGCACUUCAACGAGGCAACUGAUAGAAACGAAAAAGUUGUACGGUGAAUCAUUUCAUCAAAUUGAGGAAGUGAUAUCCAGAUAUGAUUGAAACUGCAGCUGCUCUCAUCUUCUGACUUUGUUUAUUUGCACACUUCCGAAUUCAAGUGUUGAAACUGAAAGCAUGACUUUGUGACUGACGUGGGGAAAAAAGUGUGUUUUUUUUUUUUGAUCUCCUUGUUGAACAUUACUCAAAGCAGGGUAAAAAAAAAAAAAAGACGUGAAAUCAUCAGGUGAGCAUGUUGUUUAUGGUAGUGUGUGUGUUUGUGUGUGUGUGUUUGACCCUGAGUUUAAAGUUGCCAAUGUUAGGAUGUAGCUAAAAAAAAAUGUUUUAACUUUGUCCAAAAAGAAUGUAAAAAAAAGGAAAAAAAAGUUGAAAAUAUUUGACAAAAUGCACACAAAAAUGUAAAUUAUGUAAAAAAAAAAAAAAUGUUAAUAGUCUUUGUAGAUAUUAAGUUAUUAUUUUGUCACAUGUACUGAAAAAAAAAACCUCUUAUAAAAAGAUUAUUUUCAAA